AUGACGGAAAAUGGUUCGAAUCCCAACGCCAUUGAGCCCCACUCUAUCGCUGUCAUCCACUCCUGGGUUUUCCGAACGGUCGGUGUUGAAGAACGGCAUUGCACCAGCGGUUUCAUCUCUCGUCCCGCCGGCUACCUCGAACUACCGAUGCCUCGCAUCACCGACUUCGCGCGUCCACACGAGCCAUCUUCCGCCAAGCCCAUUCCCCUGAUAGCAGCUGCCGCUUACUGCGAUGUUCUUGGCAAGGGGGCGAGAUCGACCAGGAAUACACGCCCCUUUCGGCGCCCCAUCAUACUCCCCCCCCGUCUCACUUACCUGUUUGUGCCCUACUGUUCCACUUGCACGUGGUCUCCACAACACCUGCCAUGCGUCGCCCCACCACUAAUUCUCCCAUCUCCCCAAGGUCGGCAAUUACAUAACAGCGUACUGGAGCAGGGACUAGGCCUUUUCGACUAG